AUGGCUGGCCUCAGAAGAGCUCUUGCUCUGCUCGCCAUUGGCGGUGUAGUGCAGGCAUCGCCAUUAAACGGAACCAUUACUCAGCCUGCGACGUUGCCGACCACAGUACCAUCUAGCACCACUGCCUCCGGAAACCUUACAUGCGGCACUAUCGAAGUCAGUGUUCUUCAAGCCGUAGCCGUUUCAGUGUAUACGAGUCUCUCGACGGACCCGGCUUUACAAUGUCAAUGCAUUGGGUCUGUAAACUCCUGGCUGCGGGCAACAGACGCUCCUACGCGGACACUUACUAGGACCAUUGGAACUGGUGUCACUACUUUUACGGAAAGUCUCAGCAGUACUACAACGGUGAUAACAACAGUUUUGGAUUUGACUUCGGUCAUCACAAAUUCGGAGAACAUUAUCGAGCCAGAUACCAACCUCUGGUAUGGAUCCGCGACAUCUCCAUGUGCCUCCACUGUAGAAGUCUUCUACUUUACUGAUGCUACCGAGACACCUGCUGUCACAGCUUUUUCAUCCAAUGGAGUUUUAUACGAGUCUCCAUCCAUCUACAUUGGGUUUUCUUCCCUGUCAGCGUUCGACUACUGCGGCUUGGUCGGAUCAGCUUAUGCCAAUACAACCAUGGCCUUUGCCCCGACAGAAUUAUCAACUCUGCUCUUCACUCCAGUAGUUGGCACCUCACAAGUUGUGACUGUGGUAACCAGUGGUAUUACCAGCCUCAGUACCCAGCCGGCGGCAACACUCUACUCUCCUGACGGGUCUGCUGUGCUCAACACCAAAGAUCUAGAGAGAAACUGUUCGACAAUAUCGGGCUAUUCAUACAUUCCCGGAAAUCCCUCUAAUGCUGGGUUUCACCUUACUUCACCUGACCCUUGCCAUCCCACGAUUGUCAUCCCGGACAGGGUCAGAAGUCUACAACCGGGCUGGGGCGCGUGUCUUAGUGAUGCCAUCGGAGGGUUUUAUGAUCCUCCCUCGGCACUAAACCCCGUCUCUGUGCUCGUCCCAACGUCUUCAACGCCUUCUCAAGCAUCGACCACUCCCAGUCCACCUAGAAGGACCAACCCUCCUCCUGCAACCACGGCCGGUCGCGGCAGCAAUGGCCCUCAGCCCUCCAGUUUUCCAACUUCCAAUCCCUCUUCUCCGGGUAGCAGCAAC